UCUAUAAAAAACUUGGAACUGCUUACCCUUAGUUUUUAGUCAUUUUUACUUCUCCAACAAUGGACAUUAGUAAUUGAUUUUUCAACUUCUGGUUUGUCCUUGCAGUUGAUACACUAAAAACAAUUGCCACGAAAAUGCGAAACAAAUACUGGAAUGUAACCAAAACAUCAUGUAAUGAUGAUAUAGGUCUAAACGUGACGACCUUGCCUUCAGGAAUGACAAGCAUCGUGAGUUGCGAUUGUUCCUUCAUUAACAUCACGGUUUGUCAUGUCACGAAAAUCCAGCUGAAGGGACUUGAUUUGAUAGGGAUAUUUCCUGAUGAAUUCGGCAACCUCACUUACCUAAGAGUCAUAAAUCUCAAUCUUAACUGCAUCAGUGGAUCACUCCCCACAACUCUUACUCGGAUACCACUUAAAAUUUUGUCAGCACUUGGAAAUCAAAUAAGUGGCAUUCCUAAGGAAAUUGGCAACAUUAGCACGCUAGAGGAGUUCAUAUUGGAGGAUAACUUGCUUGAAGGCACUCUUGAGCCAAACAUCGGCAACUUGAGCCGAUUAAGUAAGCUUGAGUUGUCUUCUAACAAUUUUACGGGAACGAUAAUCGAAUCCUUUGGCAAUCUGAAGAACUUACGAACUUUUCGUAUAGAUGGAAGCACAUUAUCAGGAAAGAUACCCAAUUUUAUUGGGAAUUGGACCAAAAUUACAAGAUUGGAUAUGCAAGGCACAUCUAUGGAGGGACCUAUUCCUUCAAGCAUAUCUUUGUUAUCAAACUUGAUUGAGUUGAGAAUAUCUUAUUUGAAAGGUUCAAGUUCGAAUUUUCCUAAUUUGCAAGGCAUGACCAUGAUGCAGACUUUGAUUAUGAGAAAUUGCUUGCUUACUGGCUCUAUUCCAAGUUACAUUAGGAAAACGGACAAGUAUGAGAACAUUGUAAACCUGAGUGUCAACAGAUUAACCGGUCAAGUUCCUGAGAUGAUGGGACAUGCUCUGGAUUACAUGUUCCUAGCAAACAACUCCCUUACUGGAGCAGUACCUGGUUGGGUAACAAGUAGCAAGCAUUAUCUCGACUUAUCUUACAAUAAUUUCAACGGUUCUUCUCCUAUCAGUUGUCAGGAAUCACAAGUUAAUUUGGUUUCCAGUUAUGCAUCUAACGGAAACAACUCGCUGUGGUGCAUGGAGAAGGAUCUUCCUUGCAGUGGGAAAGCACAGUACCAUUCCUUGUUUAUCAAUUGUGGAGGAACCAAAACAACUUUUGAGGGGAAUGAAUAUGAAGAGGACACUAGUCCAAAUGGCCCAUCGAUUUUUUCCUCUUCUUCUUCUGCUUCUUCAGAAAAGUGGGCAUACAGCAGCACCGGGCUUUAUAUGGGAAAAGCCAACGCUAGUUACAUAGCGAAUAACCCAUUUUCUAUAAAUGCGAAUGGUUCAGAAUUUUACCAAACGGCUCGCCUUUCCCCCUGGUCGAUCAGAUACUAUGGCCUUUGCAUGAUGAAAGGAAAUUACAAAGUGCGGCUCCAUUUUGCUGAAAUUCAAUAUUCCAAUGAUAAAACGUUUAGAAGCCUUGGGAGACGUAUAUUCGAUGUAUCGAUACAGGGCAAUCAAGUGUUAAAGGAUUUUAAUAUUGCAGAGGAAGCAGGGGGUGUUGGGAAGGGCAUAUACAGAGAUUUUGAUAACAUUUACGUGAAUGGUAGUACUUUAGAUAUUCAUCUAUAUUGGUCAGGAAAGGGAACCACGGACGUUCCUGAUAGAGGUGUCUAUGGACCACUUAUUUCCGCUAUUGCAGUGACACCAAACUUUGAUGUUGGAAGCACUGGACUAUCAGCUGGAGAAAUCAUUGGAAUCACAGUAGCUUUAGUGGUUCUCCUUGUAUUGAUAUUACUAGUCCUUUGGCUAACAGGAUUCUUUGGCGGUAAAGAAGUUAAAGAUCCAGAUCUUCAAACUGGCCAUUUCACUUUAAGGCAAAUCAAAGUUGCUACGGACAACUUCGACUCUGUGAAUAAGAUUGGUGAAGGAGGGUUUGGGCCAGUUUACAAAGGAAUACUGUUGGAUGGAAUUAUAAUUGCCGUGAAGCAGCAUUCUCCUAAAUCAAAGCAAGGCAAUCGUGAAUUUCUCAAUGAGAUAGGCAUGAUAUCUGCUCUCCAACACCCAAAUCUCAUAAAACUUUAUGGUUGCUGCAUUGAAGGAAAUCAAUUAUUGCUGGUUUACGAAUAUCUGGAGAACAAUAGUCUUGCCCGUGCACUUUUUGGAUUAGAUGAGCAGCAGAUUGAGUUGGACUGGGCCACAAGAAAGAAAAUAGUUUUGGGAAUAGCAAGGGGAUUGGCUUACCUUCAUGAGGAAUCUGGGUUGAAAAUUGUUCAUAGGGACAUAAAAGCGACAAAUGUGCUACUUGAUAAGGAACUAAAUGCCAAGAUCUCAGAUUUUGGUUUGGCCAAACUCAAUGAAGAAGAGGAUACGCAUAUCAGCACAAGGGUAGCUGGAACAAUAGGUUAUAUGGCUCCUGAAUAUGCGAUGAGGGGCUACUUGACAGACAAAGCUGAUGUCUAUAGCUUUGGAGUUGUUGCUUUGGAAAUUGUCAGCGGAAAGAGCAACACCAAUUACAGGCCAAAGGAUGAAUUUGUUUAUCUCCUUGACUGGGCCUAUGUGUUACAAGAGCAAGGGAACGUUCUUGAACUCGUGGAUCCGCGCCUUGGCUCCGAUUACUUUGAGGAAGAGGCAAUGAGAAUGCUAAACCUGGCACUACUAUGCACCAAUCCUUCACCAACUCUCAGGCCACCAAUGUCAUCUGUGGUGAGCAUGCUUGAAGGAAAGAGCGCAAUUCAAGCACCGAUAAUCAAGUGCGCCGCAACAAAUCCAGAUCCUAGAUUCAGAGCUUUUGAGAGGCUAGGUAAUAACAACCAAUCAAACGUCUCGACAUUCUAUCAGGACGCUCACCCGGUGCUCGGAAGCAUGUCCAUCGAAGGUCCAUGGAUUAAUUCUUCAGCUUCUUCUAGGAGUGAGGAUAAGACCCACGGCCGUUCUUCAGAGAGCGAGCUUUUACCAGAUUUUUAGGUCUCGGAUUAGUUCAGUAAUUAUUAUGGAUUUCCAGCCAAUAGUGUAAAGGAAUUCGACGGUGGAAAUAUAGGUAAUAAGACUACUGUUGAAGACUGUUACAUAAGCACGUUAGGGUGCGCAUGGCAAUGUUUAUA